UCGUCCCGCCGCGUUUUGGAUGAAGAAACGUGCAAAAAAAAAAAGGCUUUGACAAAAGUUGACUGAAAAACAGAUCUGCAUUUAACAAGAAUGUCUUGGCAAGCUUACGUCGAUAACAACAUGGUUGGAACCGGAAAAGUGCAGAGGGCUGCAAUCCACGGCCUUGAUGGUUCUUGCUGGGCUACAAGCAGCGGUUUUUCGGUUUCUCAGCAAGAGGCGAUGGAACUACUCAAAAGUCUAAAAGACGGUAGUGUAUCUGCAAAAACCAUCGGCGGUGCCAAGUACAUGAUGCUGCGAAACGACCAAGAAUCCAAGAUCUGUUACCUGAAACUGAAGGACAAGGGCGGUUUCUGCGUGUGCCUGACCAAGCAAGCCCUGGUGAUAGGGGGGUACGAGGAGAGUGCUGGGGGCGCAGGGAACUGCAAUAACGUCGUAGAACAACUUGCCCAGUACCUCAAAGAAAGUGGUUAUUGAACAUUUAGCAUGGAAGCUUUCAAGAGCUGCAAGAACCAGGUUUAGAUAGGAAAAGUUUUUUUUGUAAGGUGAAGUUGUGAUGUAAGAUCAGAAGAUGUGAUAAACUGUCCUUCACAAGAUUUUUUAAUGUACAAUAAGGAUUCUUAGAUAUUAGUCCUGAUUUUGAUUUUCACCAACUGAUCUCAAAUGUAAGCUUGAUGUGUUUGAUAAGAAAAAAAUAAAUACUUGACCGGUCCA